AUGGCUGGAUCAAGAAAGAAAACUCGUAGGCCUUCAAAAUCAGAAUCUGAUAACUCUGGCAGUGAUGGUGAAGAAAGUGAAUCAGGAACUUAUCAAGGACAGAAGGAAAUUCAGGCAACUUUUGAGGGUCGUAAUCCAGAAGGACAUGAUUUCCAUGGUAUAAAGCAGCUAUUGAACCAGUUAUUCUUGAAGGCACACAUUGAUCUUUCACAGAUGACUGAUCUUCUGAUUGCUCAGCAUGGAGUUGGGUCAGUAUUGAAACAGAGCUAUGGUGAUAGUGAUGAUGAAGAUGAAGAUGUUGAGAUGACAGAGGAAGGAGAUGUGUUUGGGAUUACUAGUGUUGUUAAUUUAGGAUCACACAAGGAAACUCCAUGUAUACAACAAUUCUACUCUUUGCUUGAAGAACUUUGCAAAAAACAUGCAGAUCAAGCCACACAGGCUAAUAUUCAGAGGAUUUUGAAAGAAUAUAGAAGAGUAGGAUUUUUGAUAAAUGAGCGUUUUGUGAAUAUUCCAGCACAAAUUUCUGUUGCUAUGCUCAAUUCUCUUUAUGAUGAAAUACAAAGGAUGAAGAAAAAGGAUGCCAGUUAUGAAUUUGAGUACUACAUUAUGAUUUCCAAAACAUGUAUACCUAAAGAUAAUAAAGGGGAUGAAGUGUUUUCCAAUGACGAAGAAGAAAUUUUCUCGAAAAACGCAGAAGCGAAUUUUGUGUUUGAUGUAACAAGUGAAUCUGAUACUGCUAUUGGUGGCAAAUGGAUGUCAGACGACAGAGAAUUGGUACCCCAUCGAAGGGUGUUGAUAUUCCAAUCGAAUAAGCUGAAGACUAUUAUAGAUCAAAUUACUGCUUUUGUUCAUCCUAAUAAUGUUUGA